AUGACAUCUUCAUUUCUUCGCUUCAGCGCCCUCCUGGGCGUUGUGCUGCUGCUGCUCCUCUCAUCCGUCUCAAGGGGCCCCGCUGCAGCAGCAGCAGCAGCAGCAGCAGCAACAACAGCAGCGGUUGAACCUCAGGAAGGAGAUGAGCUGCAGGGGUCGAGCCCUGGCGUUUCAGAUAGAUCCGCAUCAGCAGCAGCAGGAAAACCCGCAGCAGCAGCAGCAGCAGCAGCAGCAGCAGCAGAGCUGGAUGACCCGAUCCAUGUGGGACUAGAGGGGCACCGGGCGUCGCCGCCUCUUGACCUCGACGCUCUCUCUCAGAAUUUUGUGUUUCAGCUGUUCCCUGAGGCCUCGCCGCGCUCUGGCUGGCGCCGCCGGGGUGUACGUACAGCUCUGGUGGGUGCUGUUGGUUUAGCGGUGGCUGUGGCGCUGCAUCUGCUGCUGUACCAGCACGAGCAGCAGCAGAAACAGAAACAGCAGCAGCAGCAGCAGCAGGAGCAGCAGCAGGAGGGGGAGGAUCAGUCUUCUUCUGAUGCAGAAGAAGGAGCAGCAAGCGCAGCAGCAGCAGAUGCUGCUGCUGCUGCUAGCGAGGAGAAGCAAACAGGAAGAGAUAUGAAACGCACAGAAGGUGCUGCUGUUGUGUUUUUAGUUUUGUUGCUGUCUGGUUUAGCCGAGGUAAUGGGAGAUACAUUCUCUCGUUGGCGUCUGCGGCGACAGCAGCAGCAGCAGCAGCAGCAGCAGCAUGGGGAUUUGCUGCUGCAGUCUGGUUUCUUUUCUCGGGGUAGAAAGCGUGCAGCAGCAGGUGUUGCUGCUGCAGUAUUCUCGGGGUUGCUGCUGCUGCUGGGCUGUUUCUUUGGGCUUCCUGCUGCAGCAGCAAAAGCAGGAAAGGCCUCGCUUGUUGCUGGCAGCACCCUCGCGCUGCUGGGGGUUUUGUUGGUAACGAUCAAACACUGCAGCAGGCCCUGCAGCUACUCACUGCAGCAGCAGAUAUGGAUCAGCAGCAGCAGCAGCAUGGAUGCGGUGUCACCUGAAGAACAAAUAGGAGAUGCUGUUGCAGCUCUAACAACAGAUGCGAUGAAGCAGCUCGCAGAGGACGUGCAGAAGCACCCAGAGUUGCUGCUGCUAGCAGCAACGGUGCAGCAGCAACUGCAGCAGCAGCUGCAGCAGCAACUGCAGCACCAACGAAGAGGCAGCAGCAGCCAACAACCACCUCAACUCGAAGACAUUAUGGGUCUUGCUGCUGAUCAGCUGCAGCGCAGAUUGCUGCAGGAGGACUUUGGUGCUGCUGCUGCUACUGCAGAAGAUGCAGCAGCAGCAGCAGCAGCAGCAGCAGAAGCAGCAGCAGCAGCAGCAGGCAGGCCGCUCUAA